AUGCACGCAAUCGAAUCCCUCUUUUGUUGCCUCGCUAGCCGAAGCGUCUCCGCGCCCAUCGAGCCCACCGAGGCGAUCGCCAACGAGAAGACAGUCAUCACUCAACAACCAGUUCCCUACUCGGACGAUGCGGCGGAUCAAUUUGUCGACAUCCUUCAAACACAUAGAGGCUCCCGUGAUGAGCUGCACCGACGACUGAACGAGGUCGUGUCUGCCAAUGGCUGGACCGAGAGCCUCGCUGAAGCGAUCCUCCAAAAGAUGGAGAAGCUCAUCAAGGAGGGCGCAAAGAUGGCACAACCUAUGGCAGACGCGAUCAAGAAGGCGACCGAUACCGCUCUGGAGUUUGCAAAGGAGCACCCCGUAUAUACUGCCCUCAUCGCAGCGGGCACUAUCAUCGCCAUCGGCGUGCUCGUCAUCUGCGACCUGGCCUGGGUAUUGAAUGCCCUCGGUUUCGCGGCGAAGGGGCCCCGUCUCGGUAUCUUUGCGGCCCGUUGGAUGAGCCAGAUUGGCAAUGUAUCCAAGGGCUCCAUCUAUGCCUUCCUCCAGAGACUGGGAAUGCCAAAGUUGCAAUCAUCACGACAUUGCCAACUUUACCCCGCCAUCUUCCCCACGGUCUCCAUCUCCAACAAGCAACGAAUGAUUCAUUUCUCGGCCUUGAUCCGAUUGUUCGAGGUCUUGUUACUCUGUGCCUCUUCAUCCUCCUUCAACUGUCACUUGAUCAACCUCGGCAUCAUGCCUCUCCCCACAUCAUCCAUCUACGAGCCGACGACGGCUGGCUUCACUGGCUAUCCUUCACGGAGGAGUGUCGUUCACAGCACACAAGGCAUCGUAGCAGCGCCUCAACCGCUAGCAGCCAACUGCGGUCUUGAAAUUCUGCGAGCCGGAGGAAAUGCCGCUGUAACCGCUGGCCUCAAUGUCACCGAACCUGUUUCUACUGGCAUCGGCGGUGACAUGUUCCUCCUCUACUAUGAUGCCGCCACCAAGCAGGUCAAGGCGCUGAACGGCUCUGGUCGAUCAGGAGCCAAAUACACUCUCGAGACCAUCCGAAAGGACCUCAAGAUCGCUGACGGUACCAUCGGCCAAAUCCCUACUCACGAUGUACUUGCUGCAACUAUUCCUGGCGCUGCGGCUGGAUGGUACGACACGGUUGAGAGAUUCGGCAGUGGAAAGCUUAGCUUGAGCCAGAUCCUUGAUCCUGCUAUUAGACUAGCAGAAAAUGGCUUUCCCGUGUCCGAGAUUGCUUCGCAUUCGUGGCGCUCUCAAGAGAAGCUGUUGCGGGACUCCUCGCCCAACUAUGCAGAGAUGCUAAAGAAGGACCCCAAAGCCGAGAAUGGCGUGAGAGCACCUGCGCCCGGCGAAGUCUUCAAGAACCCGACUCUCGCAAAGACAUUCAGAACUCUAGCCACCGAGGGCAAGAAGGGCUUCUACAGCGGCCGCAUCGCCGAAGAAAUCGUCAAGGUCGUCCAAGACCUGGGCGGCCACCUGGAACUCGACGACUUGAAGCACCACCUCGAAACAGGCACCCAGAACACAGAGCCCAUCUCAGUCAAAUUCCGCGGCCAAGGUCUUACAAGCAAAGAUCCCAACGGAGGUGUCGAGCUCUGGGAGCACCCUCCAAACGGCCAGGGCAUCGUUGCUCUCAUGGCCCUGGGCAUAAUCGAGCAGCUGGAGAAGCAGGGAAAGAUUCCCAUCUUUAAGCCCGAGGACUUUAAUACGACACCAUACCUCCACGCCAUCAUUGAGGCCCUUCGGCUUGGUUUCACGGAUGCAAGCUGGUAUGUCACAGAUCCCGACGUGACAAAGGUGCCGACAGAGGGCUUGAUCUCUCCCGAGUACCUCGCAGAGCGCGCCAAGAUCUUUAAUCCUUCAAAAGCCCACGAUGGUGUCCAGCCUGGAAACCCAUCAUUCAUCUCGCCUGCCCUACAGAGCUGUGAUACCGUCUACUUUACCGUCACAGACUCUGCCGGCAACGCCGCGUCCUUCAUCAACUCCAACUACGCCGGCUUCGGCACCGCCAUCAUCCCCAAGGGAUGCGGUUUCACCCUGCAGAACCGGGGAGCCAACUUCUCUCUUGACCCCAAGCAUCCUAACAAGCUCGAGCCUCGAAAGCGACCUUACCACACCAUCAUUCCCGGCAUGGCCACCAACCUUAGCGACGGCUCCCUGCACUCUGCCUUUGGAGUUAUGGGUGGCUUCAACCAGCCGCAGGGCCAAUUGCAAGUUCUUCUAGGUCAGGCAGUCGCUCAAUUGAACCCUCAACAGGCUCUUGAUGCUCCCCGCAUCUGCAUCGGAGCCGGUAUGCCAGAUGAGGGCAACGUGUUGGACUGGACAGUCCAUGUUGAGGAGGGAAUACCCGAGGAGACUAUUGAGGGAUUGAAGAAGCUGGGUCACAAUGUGGUUGUUCUUAAGAACUGGAAGAGGGCUAUGUUUGGCCGCGGGCAGAUUAUCCGAUAUACCGUCGACCCUGACGGAACACCCAUCUGGUCUGCCGGGAGUGACCCAAGAGCCGACGGAGGAGCAUAUCCUCAGUAG